GUGUGACUCCCAGCUCGUGUGGUAUAAAAAGGUAGGUCGACUUCUAGUUUAGCUUCGCUUUCUCUCCGUUCCAGACGACCUCAUGGAGUUUUGAUGCCAGCUUUUCCCUAACAUUAGAACAAUGCCCACUAUGGGCGUCCCUCUACUCGUCCGGCUACAGGCGUAUAUCGAACCUCUCUUCCUGCUCAGCAUCUCAGUGGGGUACCUACCCAUCACAUUGCUCUUUCAUCCAUUGUUGCUCAUCACUUCCCCGUCGUCUUUCCGGUCAAAAUGGUUCGAGAACUUCUGGCGGGUCAUCGGACCCAAGAUGGCCGCUUCGGAAAUCCAGAUCGACCAUAUCGAGGAACUCCUCUCACGAGCACAUGGCACGGUGCUGGAACUCGGUCCUGGAGCAGGUGACCAGAUGUUCCACUACAAGAAGAACCAGAUCGAGACCUUGUACGGAGCAGAGCCGAAUGCCUUCCUUCAUCCCAGGCUGAUCGAGAUGGCCGAGAAGAAACUUUUGGGCAAAUUCAUCCCCCUCGAAGCAGGGGCCCAACCGGGUAGUCUCCUGCCAGCGUUGAAGAAAGCAGGUCUCAUCCCCGGCACGGCAACAAGCCUACCUGAGGAAGGCGUUUUUGACAGCAUCGUCGCUGUCAAGUCAUUGUGUUCUGCGCCCCAGGAUCAACUAGCCGCCACAGUAGCAGUAGUGCAGGCUCUUCUCAAGCCGGGCGGGGAAUUCCUCUUUUUCGAGCAUGUCGAAAACGAUACAGAUAGUAUGACCAUGUCCUAUGCUUGGUUGGUCGACUGGAUCUGGCCCGUGUUUAUGGGUGGGUGCCGGCUCAAGGGCAAAGUGGACAAGGUUGUGAUCGGGAUGGGCGGAUGGGACGAAAGAAGGAUCACGACCAUCGGUGACUUCAAGGGUCAUGAGGUCUUUCGAUACGUCAAGGGCAUCUGCCGGAAGGCUUGAAUUGCAGAAAGGCUUCUGACAGCACCGCCAAAGAAGGCAAAUUUUCAGCUGACAGGCAAGGGACGGUUUCGGUGACCUGGUCUGACUUCCAGGCAGAAAUGCAUUUUCGUUCUUGCAAACUAUAUUCUCCUGGACCCCUGGCCAUAAACACAGAACUUGAUGAACAGUAAAUGUCACUCCAGGCUGUGCGGAAGUCAU